UUGCAAAAGCGAUUUUGCAACACGCGCGGUAUGGGCCGCUCAGUUAAGAUUUUCCUUGCAGUCCAGUUAAACGUGUCUAUAGAUUAAUCGAAAUAACCGCCUUCAAGAUGUCUGCAGAAGGCUUCACGGAGACCGAGGUUGACGCGAUGCCGGACCGCCUCGCUGAAACUUUCAGCGGGAUGAAUGUGUUCAUUACUGGAGGCACUGGUUUCAUGGGGAAGGUUCUUGUUGAGAAGUUGCUCAGAAAAUGUCCAGAUAUUGGAAAGAUAAUCCUGUUUGUACGCGAGAAAAAGGGCAAAUUACCUAAACAACGACUUGAAGAAAUACUAAAUGAUGAUUUGUUCGAAAAGGUACGUAACCUUCGUGGAGGCGUGGCUCCUCUCUUGGAGAAGAUGCAUAUCGUGACAGGUGACGUCAUCGAGCCUGACCUUGGACUAAGCGAUGCUGACAGACAGUUCAUUAUCCAAGAAGUUAACUUCAUCAUUCACGCUGCGGCCACUAUCAGGUUCGAUGAAGAAUUACGUAAAGCAGUUUUACUUAAUGUUCGAGGAACUAAAUUAAUAUUAGAACUUGCUAAGGAAUGUAAGAAUUUAAAGCUCUUCUUCCAUGUAUCAACAGCCUACUGUCAUCUGCAUGAGAAACUUUUAGAAGAGAAACCUUACCCUCCGCCAGCUGACCCUCACAAGGUCAUACAAAUCGCGGAAUGGAUAGACGAAGAGUCCAUGGGUUUGUUGACACCAAAGUUACUGAGCAAAUUGCCGAAUUCUUACGCCUUCACGAAGGCGCUGGGCGAAGCUCUAGCUGUGGAAGCUAUGGAGCACAUUCCUCUUAUCAUUUUACGUCCUUCUAUCGUAAUACCAAUUUGGCAGGAGCCUGUACCAGGCUGGACUGACAAUAUCAAUGGCCCUACUGGUCUUCUUAUUGGUGCUGGUAAAGGAGUCAUAAGAUCUAUGUACUGCAAGAGCAACAGUUACGCUGACUAUCUGCCUGUCGAUGUUUUUAUAAACGGUAUCAUGAUAAUGGCAUGGAACUACCUCCACUGCGGUGAUAAAAAGUCAAAUGUAAUCAACUUCACAUCUUCCGCUGAGAUUAAGGUGACAUGGCUUGAAAUGAUCGAUGCAGGCAGAGAUAUUAUUAUGAACCGAGUGCCUUUAAAUGGUGUUGUAUGGUACCCUGGAGGUUCGAUGAAACAUUCUAGGCUAUAUCAUAAUAUAUGCGUUCUUUUCUUCCACUGGAUUCCAGCGAUCAUUCUAGAUACCCUACUAUUUUGUCUUGGCUACAAACCAGUAUUAAUGCGAGUACACCGUCGUAUAAGUAAAGGUUUUGAUGUGUUCGAGUACUACACUAACAACCAGUGGGACUUCAAGUCUGAUAUCGCACAAACUGUACGCAGGAAACUCAACACUAGGGAGAGACGGGAUUAUAAAGUAGAUGCUAUUGGUCUCGACAUAUCGAAAUAUUUCGAAGACUGCAUCAGAGCUGCUCGUAAAUAUAUCCUGAAAGAGCCAGAAGAUACCAUUCCCGCCGCCAGGAGGCACAUGAUGGUCAUGUGGAUCGUCGAUCUGGUCGUCCGAUGUCUAUUUUGGGGAUUGAUUUUCUAUUGGUUGAGUGGUUGGUGUUCAUCUUUGUACACUGCUACUGUCGGCUAUAAGGACACUCCUGCUAUAGUUGGCACCAGCAUCUGAUAUUUGGCACCAAUAGAUGGCAGCAGCUAGAGGCCGCUUUUCGUUGUGAUUGUCAUUUUUUAUGAAUAUGAUUGUAUAUAAAAUGUAAGUUAGAUAACAAAGUAAAAAAUAAGCUGUUUUUAGAUGUCCUUCUUUGCAUUAACGUGUUAUGAUUUAUGCUACAAAUUGUAUCCCAUUGAAAUAAAAAUUAAGACUGAUAGAUGAAAUUGUAUAAUAUACAUAAAUAAUACGAGAAACGAAUCAAAAUUUAAGCUGAAUUUUCUGCAGAUAAAAUAAUUUUUAAUGACAAUGAAUAUUUUGAUAUAAUUACUAUAUCAAUGUUUAUAAGUGUUGAAUUACUUAUACAUAAGGGUUUGAGUGUAAAAUUAGUCUUAAUUUUAGAAUGCAUUAUAAAAAUUUUAGAAACAAGGUUUUUAUAUUUUUUUUAAUAAAAUGAAAAUAUUCAUAUUUGA